CCGUGCUUGCCUGACGACUCUGUUCCGCUGCACAGGAUGGCGAUGGAACCACUACUACACUCUCACUUUCUGCCCCGCAAUGUCAAUGAAGCUGGAGUAUAUUUUACAGCUUCCUCUGCGGGUGUACUGACUGUCUAGUGUUUCCUUCCUUCAAGUAUUGAGGUCUUCGAACUCGCCAUCCUAGCCCAGCAUCGAAACACAACCCACACAACCAGGCACAAUGCGAGCCCUCCGCUACCACGGCGUCAAAGACCUCCGCGUUGACGAUGGCAUCCCCGAACCCAAAUGCGGAGAGAACCAGAUCAAGGUCAAGCGUGAGUCGGAACGUCUCGGGCAGGACAUCGACUGUGCAAGAGCAAUUUACCCUGAGUCUUGUGAGCUUUGAGGGAACGAGCUGACAGUUGAGGUGGACUCAUUAGCUGCCUUCUGUGGAAUCUGCGGGACAGACUUACACGAAUAUUCGUCGCCGACAUUCAUCCCCCAACCCAACUCUCCUCACCCAAUAACAAAGGAGGCGAUGCCCAUCGCCAUCGGCCACGAGUUCUCGGGCGAGAUCGUGGAGAUUGGGGGUCUCGCCGCCUCCCACCCGAAUUUCCAGGGUCAAUCCCUCAAAGUCGGGGACAAGGUUGCCGUCCAGCCCACCCUCGCCUGUUUCCACUGCGGGCCAUGCAAAGAUGGCUACAUCAACUGCUGCGACUCGGCGGGCUUCGUGGGCUUGAGUGGUGGUGGCGGCGGAAUGAGUGAUUAUGUCUGUGUCGAUGCACAGUUUGUGUUCAAGUUGCCGGAUCAUGUGGGCUUGGACGUGGGUGCCUUGGUGGAGCCGUUGGCUGUGGCCUGGCACGCGGUUGACCAGUACCCGCUUAAAAAGGGUGACAGCGCCCUCGUCAUGGGAGCCGGUCCUAUUGGGCUCGGCGUGAUUCAAUGCCUGAAGGCCCGCGGCGCCGGUACCAUCAUCGUCGCCGAGGUGGCAAAGGAGCGCCAGAGCUUCGCAAAGGCGUUUGGCGCCACACAUCUGAUCGACCCUAGGACCGAGGAUGUGGUGAAGAGAAGCAAAGAGAUCACGGGCGGUCAGGGCCCGCAUGUUGCACUGGAUGCUGCAGGGGUUCCGGCCAGUUUGAGGGAUGCUGCGUUGGCGGUGAGGGCGAGGGGGACGAUUGUGAACCUAGCAAUCUGGGAGAAGGAGGUCCCAUUCCAACCGAACACUCUCGUGUUUGGGGAGAAGAAAUACUUUGCGAUCCUGGGCUACCUCCAAUCCGACUUCGCAGGCGUCAUCAAGGCUCUCGACGACCACUCCCUGGAGCCUGAGAAGAUGAUCACGGGCAAGAUCAAGAUCGAUCGGGUGGCGCAGGAUGGGUUCCGGCCGUUGAUUGAAGAGAAGGACAAACACGUCAAGAUCUUGGUGGAUUGCAGAGCGUGA